GCCACGGCAGCACAUCUACGAAAUAAGAUGAAAGAAGCAAAAAUGCGAGUGCUUAACAAUGCAUGAAUUUGAUUUCCAUCGAUUUUCAAGCGAUGAACCCGACUACUAUUGGAAUUUGAACUAUACGACUUAUAAUUUAAGUUUCAAUGAGAUUGGUAACGCUACUGUUGAAAAGGAAGAUGAGGUUGUUCAUAAUUGGUGGGCAUUGGCUGCUAUAAUAUUAGUAGUAUGUACGGCAGCGGGGAAUGUUUUAGUUUGCUUGGCGAUUUACUUGGAGAGGAGGUUGCAGAAUGUGACAAACUACUUCUUGAUGUCUCUGGCGAUUACUGAUCUUCUAGUUGCAAUGUUGGUAAUGCCGUUGGGAAUUUUGACGCUACUGAGAGGUUACUUCCCGCUUCCAGCUGUGUACUGUUUAGUUUGGAUCUGUCUUGACGUUCUUCUCUGUACAGCCUCUAUCAUGCAUCUCUGUACCAUCAGUGUCGACAGGUAUCUCUCUCUCCGGUACCCGAUGCGCUUCGGCCGCAACAAAACGCGCAAACGGGUGACUGUCAAAAUCGCCUUCGUUUGGAUCUUAUCUACGGCCAUGAGUCUUCCACUGAGUCUUAUGUACUCUAAGAUCGCCGCUGCACUUGGAAAAGAUUCCUUGGCAACAGAAGCGGGACUCCUCAACAUUCAGCCGCGUCCACGGAAACAGAACUGCCACCGAUUGACACCAGGGAUCUGUGGCUACAAGACUCAAGCUGGAGAAGCUGUUCUAGGAGGCGUGCCCACGGCCCGUGAUGUCAAAUGCGUCGAUUCGUACGAGCUCGCGAAACGGGCGAGCCCGGACGGCCUCGGGCCGACACGCGUGACGGCGCGUAUUUGGAUUUGUAUCGAGAGCAAAGGCCGCAUGGGCUCUCGCGGUGCGCCUUUGAAGUAA